AGAGAAUCCAAUUAUAGAACCCGGGAAAAUGUGCGACGUCCCCUUUUUACCCAUCUUCCCGCUCUGCUUCCAAUGCGGCACAGACCAGAACCCGUGUCGGUGUAAAGUCGUCGGUCCGACGCUCGGAUUCUGCGUGACGGUCGUGGCUGCGGUAAUCUGCUAUCCUGCGUCGAUAUUCUGCGGGUGUUGUUUGACGCAGAAAGGGAAGGACUGUCUUGGGUAUCCGGUCAAAUUAAACCAGAAAGUGGCGAAUUGUAUUCCUAUAUGAGAUUUGGUUCUUUGUAUGUAUAUGGAUGGGAAGAUGGC